GAUUCACCCCUUUGACCAAAUUCACUCUUGCAAGUAAUGGCAGACCAAGGAUCAGAGCCUGUGAGCGCAAGUCAUGUGGCUCAAUUCAGUCUGAUUACCGGUAUCGACAUCGAUCAGGCGAGAUUCUUCUUGGAAAGCGCCGGUGGGGACUUGGAGGCGGCUCUAUCAACUUUUUACGAAACAGUCGGCUCCACCAACCUCGGUGCUGCUACAUCCUCUUCGCCUGCUUCUUCUCCGCACGAACAGCCGGCAGCCUUGCCUUCAGUCGGUGUCAGUCCUCCGGUCAGAUCUGGCCCUCAGACCCUAUCAGGAGCACCUGCAGAUGAAAUGCCCGCGGAAUGGAGGCGAACAGGAACUUCUUCCGAUUCUGCUGGGCGAAAGAAUGCUCCAAGAGGUGGAAUCUCUGGCUUUGGUAAUCUGACAUCAAGCCGCGCACCGCCUCGACGAAGCGGUAUAUCAACUAUGAAGGAUAUUGUUGCUGGUUCCUCGCCGGCAGGUGAUAUGAGCGAAGAUGAAGACGAAGACAAUCGCGAUGGAGGUCCCGAUCUUUAUGCUGGAGGUGGUAGGAGUGGGCUAAACGUUCAAGAUCCCAACCAACAGAACGGCAAAGCUGCUGGUAUUGUGGCGGAUAUUCUUAAAAAAGCCAAAGAGGCUGGGGCUGCGGCAAUGCCUUCCACGAGUGCUCCAAUACCACCAAAACCCUCCAAUGCCUUUCAGGGCUCAGCUUACACCCUUGGCUCGGAGGAAGUUCCAUCUCGAGCAAUCCCUGAUCAGUCUUCGGCUCCUCGCUCAAGAACUGGCGCGUUUCCUAGAGCUUUAGCCGUUCCGGGAUCGUUCGAGCGAGACUUUGACGAAGAUGUAGAAGAAGAAGACAGCGCCGAGGAAGUGGAGAAACAUCUCACCUUUUGGAAAGAUGGAUUUUCAAUCGAAGACGGCCCCCUCCUCGAUUACGAGGACCCAAAGAACAAGAUGAUCCUGGACGCAAUCAAUUCGGGCCGCGCCCCACUUGAUCUUCUAGGGGUUCGUCUUAAUCAACGGGUCACAAUGCGUGUCGAGAAACGCUUGACGGAGAAUUACACUCCACCACCCAAACAGCCUGCCAAACCGUUUGGUGGGAGCGGAAAUAGGCUAGGAAGUCCUCUGCCUGCCAGCGCAAUGCCCAGCGCGGCGUCUCACAGUGUGGUCAAUCCACCUACGAGUGUGACGCAAGCAUCUCCUUCAAGCAUCUUAUUCGAAGUUGAUAAUAACCAACCUGUCACAACCGUGCAAAUCCGACUCGCAGAUGGGACUCGGAUGGUCACCAGACUCAAUCACACUCAUACAGUAGGGGACCUCAGGAGGCAAAUAGCCGCGUCAAAUCCCCAGAUAGGCUCUCAGCCGUAUGUCCUGCAAACUAUCUUCCCAUCCCGUGAUUUGACGGAUGAAAAUCAAUCUAUCAAAGACGCUGGUGUAUUAGGUGCAGUAGUUGUACAAAGAAAUGUAUAAAAUAUUACUACUGGUGCCUGCUAUCUUGAUAGUCAAGCGGACCAAAUUAGACUAACAGGACACAAAUCCUCCUGGUCAGCCUGAAACUGUCCAUAUUGUAUCAAUCUUGAUUUUGUCAUGUC